GGUGGUCGCAAGUCGGCAGCGGCCUCCUGCGGUGUUCGACAAUCGAAACCAUCGAUUUCAUCCAUGACAUGAGUCACUCAUGAGUGUGAAGAUCAUCUGUUAGGAGCGUAGAGGGGAGAUGGGCAACAACCACACUGCGGACCGCCAUGGUGCCCUUAUCGACGAACACACGCUGGAUUUCCUUCACAAAGACGACAGAGAUGCCCUCCACACGUAUGCAAACCACACAGAAAUGACAUGAGGGAGGGGGAGCGGCAGUGAACAGCUGUGUGUGUCUGUGUGCGUUGGCUAUCUGUGUGUGUGUGCAGCCGGUCGGAGGUCGGCAGCCUCAGAGCCACGGCGCACUUCCUCUGGGAAGUCGACUUCUCGGCCGCCGUCCUGAGCAGCCGACUCAAUCGCUGCCUGGCGGCCAAGGGACUGCACGCCAUCAUCGCCUUCGACGCUCAGCUGGACCGCCCUCUGCUGCUGAAGGCCAUCUGGCUGGUGGAAACGCAGCAGUGGACCGAGGUGACCAAUGCGCUGAAGUUGGCGGCGCGGAGGGGCUUCUGCCAGCUGCCCAUCACACUCGAUGUGGCCGAUCUGCAGCGUCACGAUAGCAAACAGGUGGGCAGAUGAGCGUCAGGCGGGUGGGGGGGUUGGGCACUCAUCGGUCUGUCGGUCUGUCUGUCUGUCUGUCUGUCUGUCUGUGUAGGCGUAUUUGGCGGAUGUGCGUGUGGUUGGCUUGUGGAAGAUGGUCGGCAGACACGUCAACUUCGGCGGCAGCUACGGCCGUUUUGAGCUGUUCGACCAGCCGGGCGGCGGUGUGCGUGCCCUCCGCGACGAGCCGGGCUUUGAGCUGGACAUCAACCCCCCCCUCCCCCCCGCCCACCCAUACCAUCCACACGCCAUCAACGACAACCCGCCCGUCAGAUCCUCAAUCCAUCGGCAGGGGGACAGCUGGAUGGCUGGUGGUGCGGCGUUCACUCAUGCCUCAGUCUCGGCGUUCAUCAUGAAUACCAUCAUGUUCCCUCCAGUGGCCAAUAGGGGCAGGACGCCUUGCAUUGCCGUGAACCGGUACGCAGGAAACACCACAAUCAGACAGACACACAACGACCCAUGACGGCCGCUUCCCUCUGUUUUCUUCAGGCAUGCUCACGGCGGUGUGCUGGACGGCCUCCUGAACCACUCGCCCCACCAGCCGCCCAACCGAUGCACCGCCGUCAUGGCGAGUAGGUUGGACAGUAGGAAUCCCCCUGUAGAGUUUCGGCGGCUGUUUCUCACGCCGUUCAACGGCCCAUUCGUCGCAUGUAUCGAUCUGUGUAUCUUCCCCGACACGGACAUAAGUGAGGGAACAAGAUAGCAGAUUAUCUGUGUUAAUUGAGCCAUUCUUGUGUGUUGUUCUGCUGAAUGCAGUGACUCUUUGUGUCGUCACCAACGAGCCGCCAGUGGGUGAUCCAUCGGCUGCCUUCAAGGACCGCCGGCGCGCCACCGCCCCUCUGCUGCCUGGCCUGGUGGGGCAGCCCAUCGCAGACAUGGUGGUCAACCAACAGGAAGCCGCUGAAGGUGAGUGUGCAGCCGGCCGCCUCCAUCUCGGUGUGUCGGUUGGAUGAAUCGGCGUGUGUGUGGUGGUGUGCAGAGGAGGGUGCGGAUGACGACGAUGGCGAUGGUGGUGAGGGUAGGUGGUGUGUGUGUGGUGUCCAGCCCGCCUUGCUAGGUGUCUUACUCCUAUGUAUGUGUGUGUGUGCAGAGGAUGACGAUGACAGUGCGGAUGACGGCGACAGCGAUGAGGGUGAGUGGGAGGAGGAUGAGUGUGCAGAUGUAGAUGGCGACAUCGAGGGCGAGGGCGAUGGCCAGCAGCAGCAGCAGCAGCAGCAGGGCAAGACAUCCUUCAAAUCGAGAGAGUGUCUGGACGCAGCCAUGACACAGGGGAUGAGGGUGAGAUCAGCGUGACAUACACGCACUCAUUGUGCGUCAUGGCUGUUGUCGGUGAUGUAUGCAGGUUGAUGGAUGGAUGGAGUGUGGACAGCAGGCCGGGCGUAGCUACGUGUGCACACAGCCAGCUCAAUUGCCUCUCAUGACAUGAUGCAGACAAAAUCCAUGCAGCUUUGCAGCAGACGUUCAUGUAAUUAAUGCAUUGAUUGAUCUAUGGUCGUCAGUCACUGAGAACCCUUUUUCUGUACACGUAUGGCAUGCAUGCGUUCUUGACGGUGAAGCUAAGCUGC